AUGUCGGUCCAACUAGGUGUAUCAGGGGAGACCCUAAUACCUCAGUCAACCAGCUAUGGAAUGCUCAUAGGCCUUGGUAUCGGUUUCUGUGGUGUCAUUCUCGCAGCAGUCAAGAUCCAAAAGGCCUACCUGGCAGAAGACUCUGGCACCUCCGAAAUGUUCAUGGUGGCCAAUCGGUCGGUUGGGACAGGUUUAACAGCAUCGGCUGUUUUUUCUUCCUGGAUGUGGAUCAAUGAGACAGUCUUUUCAGCAGCAUUCUGCUACAAGUUUGGCCUUGCUGUGCCUUUUUGGUGGUCAACAGGUCUCUGCUUCCAGAUUGCCUUAAUGGCAGCACUCGGCGUCUUGGCAAAGAUUCGAGUUCCUUACGCGCACACCUCACUUGAAAUCAUUCGAUUAAGAUACGGAUGGAUCGGUCACAUUGUCUUCAUUAUCCUCAACAUCACGAACAACGUUUUCGGCUGUGCUGGUAUGAUCCUCACUGGGUCACAACUCAUCUACGGUAUCUCGGGCAUGCAUUUUGUCGCUGCCACGAUUCUCAUUCCACUUGGAGUCGUACUUUACACCGCGGUUGGUGGACUGAAAGCAACCUUCAUCACAGACUAUCUGCACACUCUCAUCGCCCUGAUUCUCAUCAUUUACUUUACACUCAAGGUCCUCACCCACGAUGCUGUUGGUGGUCUUGGUGGACUGUACGACAAGGUGGUGGCCACGGCUUCAGAGAACUUGAUUGACGGUAACUACAAGGGCUCUCUGCUCACGAUGAAGUCUCGAGAUGCGAUCAUUUGGGGGUUAAUUCUGAAGUUUGGAAACUUGGCACUUGUCGUAAUGGACACCGCUUUCUGGCAAAAGUCAUUUGCGACGGAAGUGAACGCAACUGUUCCCGGAUACAACCUGGCUGCGGUAGCAAUUUUUGGUAUCCCAUGGGGCCUCGGUACAGUCAUCGGUCUCACUGCAAGAGCACUGCACAACACUCCAAUCUGGCCAGGCUACCCGCAUCAAUUUACAUCGGCACAGGUCAACGCUGGACUUGUCAUGCCGUACACCAUCAAAGCUCUCAUCGGCGACCAGGGCAUCGACGCUUUCCUCGUUCUUGUAUUCAUGGCGCUGACGAGCACCGUCUCUUCAUCGAUGAUCGCAGUCAGCAGCAUCUUAUCUUUUGACGUCUACAAAACGUACCUCAACCCCAAAGCAUCUGAUAAGAAAUUGGUCCACGUCAGCCAUCUUACAGUGGUUUUUCAUGCCGUGUUUAUUACGGCUAUCUCACUUGCGUUGAACUACGGAGGCGCCGAUAUGACCUGGAUUGGCUAUUUCCGUCCGAUUCUCUCAUGCCCGGGCAUCAUUCCGCUUGGCUUGACUCUGUGCUGGUCAGGCCAGACACGCCUAGCCGCGAUUGUAUCCCCAAUACUUGGUUUCCUCACGGGAUUAGGCAUCUGGCUCGGAACAGCACAUGUCAUUUACGGCGAGAUCAACAUGAAGACCACAGAAGGCAGCUUACCAGCUCUUUACGGAGCAAUCGGAUCUUUCUUCUCGCCUGCGCUCUACUCGGUGCUUCUGUCUUUAUACAAACCUGAAAAGUUCGAUUGGAGAAGAUUUCUUGUUGCUGAGAUUGCCGAAGAGAAUCAGCUGAAGCAGAGCAGCGAAAAAGAGGAGGCGAACAAUGACGGGAAUACUUCGUCGACUUCGGAAGGAGAACCACCCGCAUCUUCCCUAUUUGACCCUGAAAAGUCGGGUGAUUCGGAGAAGAAUACCGCCGCUGCUGCAGGCGACAACUUCCCUCCCGCGGUUUCUCCCAAAGAUACCUCGCUGGCAGGUGAAGUCAACCUGGAUGAUGUUCGCCACCCGUUCGACGACGAUACUAUCAAGUUGCUCUACCGCUGGUACCGCAUCGCCUGGUACAUGUUCAUCGCCAUCGUACUCGUUACCUUCAUUCUCUGGCCAAUGCCGCUUUAUCGCGAUUACAUCUUUGAGAAGACCUUCUUUAAGAGCUGGACAACGGUGGCGAUCAUCUGGCAGUUCUUUGCUUUCUUCGCUGUUGUUGUAUACCCUCUGUAUGAUGGACGUUACGAGAUUGUAAGAGGCGCCAAGGGCGUUUGGCACUCGAGCAGAGACCUUCUUAAGUCUGAAUGA